UUCCAUUUCCGAUCACUCAAGAACUUCUUCAAUCUCAAGCUCUUUUCUCUUUUCUCAUUUCUCGAGUUAUUAACUUAUUGUCGCUCGUUGCGAUCUCGCGUUUCUAUUUUCGAUCCGUGCGACGUCUCUGCCUCAUUCGAUUUUUCGCUCAAUUCGAUUACAGUUUUAGUUCCAUGGCGUCCGAAACGAAAGAUGCCCACGUGGUUGAGAUCCCAGUUGACGAGGAGCACCGAGAUAAGCUCUCCUCGGCCACGGACGUGACGCUGGCUGCAAUCCAGCACCACCCGCUGAUGGAGAUCUCCCGGAGCCCGGGCCACCUCCUCCUGCUCAAGCUCUGGCAGAGGGAGGAGGCCCUCUUCGGCCGGCGGGCCGCGCUCAAGGAGGCGCGGCUCGACUCGGCCAGGCGCGAGAUCUUCCAGCUCUGCUUCUCCUUCUUCGUCUUCCACGGGUUCUUCUUGACCCUCUUGUACACAUCCUCUGUGAACUCCACGGACGAGCACCACCACCACGGCGCUUGCAAGAAAUGGUGGUUGCCCACCAUUUUGUCACUGUGCACUUCCCUUGUGUUUGUUGGCUUGGUGCAGGUGAAGCUCUGCCGGUACUGGAAGUCCUCGCGGCAGUUGCAGAGGGAGAGGAGCGACAACAGGGCGCUGGGGAGGUGCGUCCAGGAGCUGAGGAUGAAAGGGGCGAGCUUCGACCUGUCGAAGGAGCCGACUACCGGGAAGAGGAUGAAGAGCUCCAGUGUCGAGAUCAAGUGGAGGCCACUCACUUGGUGUUCUCAGUAUGCGGUCACCCUGUGUCUCCUCUGUUUUGCAGGUCUGGUGGCCCCUGCUUCGAAAUUCAUCCUUUGCUGAGUUUGGCUGUCGCCGGAGUUGAGCCUGUGCGGGAGCGAAUUUCGCGAUUCGCAGAUAUGUGAAUACGAAAAACCAGGGGAAGAUUUUUGACACGUUCAGAAUUAGGACGCCGGAACUGGAGAGACUCGCAGGGAACAUUACUUUUCUGCUGAAAUUUCUGUGAAGCUUUUGUUCUAGCCAUCUCUUGGUCAACCUCUUGGGGGAUGAAGCAACUGGGUCCGAUGCUGCUCGAGGAUGACAUGAAAUCGGCAUACUCCUGCUCCAGCAAUGCCUGUCUCGUAUAUUCUUACAACCCGUCUUAGGGCUUUCAAAGGUCGAGAUCAUAAGUGCGAUAGUGAGAAUGAUGCAAAGCAACACUACCUGUGUGCUUACACAAGCGCUGUAUCAAAAUAUCUGUUAUUACGGUCGAAGGCUGUAUCGAUUUGAAUAACAUUACUAUCCGAGUUUCUGCAACAAUUCAUAGAAGGACCUAACCGGCUCCAAUGAGUUCGACAAAAAUUUGGCCUUUGCGAAGUAGAACAAAUUCUUGGUAAGGUGAAAGAAA